GUCUCCAUUAUAAUUACUGUCUCUCUUAAACCCCUUUUAACGUUUUUCAAGACUUAGAAAUUCUUUAUUGUUAAAUAACUACCUCACAUUACAACUACUCGAUUACCCCUUUUUAUGUUGUUUUUAGAGUAUACCCAGAUCUGAAUUUGUAAGUUUCUUGAAUCUUGUUCACCAUUUUCAGCUACACUAUGCUCUCUUGCUAACUCAAAUUCCCUUUGACUCUGAAAUAAGUUGAGCAUUAUGGACAUUUUAGCAGUGUAUGUUGCAUUGGAGGAGAAAUGCUGAUGUUGAGAAGAAUUUUAAAAGGAGCUAUACUCGGGGUGAGGCUUUCCUUUGGGUGCUCACAAUGGCUAAAUCAAGGCCGCAGUUUCAAGCAGAAGAUGUGUUGUCAACAUCGCCAACUGCAGUGCGCUCAAGAGAAUGGGAAGGACCAGCUAGGUGGACGGAGUACUUGGGUCCUGAUAUUUCUCCAACAAUAGGUCAUAAGGCUUCUAGAAAUGGUAGCUCUGAUGGUACUGCCCAUAGCUCAGGCGGUUCGACUAAUAAAGGCUUGAACAUGCAAUGGGUCAACCAACUUACUCAAGUAGCUGAAGGGCUGAUGGCAAAAAUGUAUAGGUUUAAUCAGAUAUUAGAUUACCCCGAUGUCAGUGGACAUGGAUUCUCUGAAGCAUUUUGGAAGUCUGGUGUGUUUCCAAAUCAUCCAAAAAUCUGUGUUUUACUAUCAAAGAAGUUUCCGGAGCACCACAGCAAGUUGCAGCUCGAAAGAAUUGAUAAGUUUGCUUUGGAUGCUAUGAAUGACGGCGCUGAAGUCCAUUUGCAAAGCUUGGAACCAUGGAUUCAACUACUUCUUGACCUGAUGGCGUUUCGAGAACAUGCCUUGCGUCUUAUAUUGGAUCUAAGCAGUACAGUGAUUACCUUGUUGCCUCACCAGAACUCUCUCAUACUGCAUGCAUUUAUGGACCUUUUUUGUGCUUUUGUUCGUGUAAAUAUAUUUUCAGAAAAGAUACCAAGGAAAAUGAUGCUGCAAACAUACAAUUUGCUUCAUGCAAUGGCAAGAAAUGACAGAGACUGCGAUUUUUAUCACAGGUUAAUCCAGUUUGUCGAUUCCUACGAUCCACCCUUGAAGGGUCUGCAUGAAGACCUGAAUUUUGUCAGCCCUCGUAUCGGAGAGGUUUUAGAGGCUGUAGGUCCCAUUAUAUUCUUAUCAACUGAUACAAGGAAGCUGAGAAAUGAGGGUUUUUUAAGUCCUUUCCAUCCUCGGUACCCUGAUAUACUCACAAAUUCAGCUCAUCCAAUGAGAGCCCAAGACCUAGCAAAUGUUACAUCUUAUCGGGAGUGGGUGUUAUUUGGUUAUCUUGUCUGUCCUGAUGAACUUCUCAGGGUCACCAGCAUCGAUAUUGCUUCGAUUGUACUCAAGGAAAAUCUAGUCCUUCCUUUGUUCAGGGAUGAGUAUAUAUUGUUGCAUGAGGAUUAUCAGUUAUACGUCUUACCACGAAUACUGGAGUCAAAGAAGAUGGCAAAAUCUGGACGGACGAAACAAAAAGAAGCAGAUCUAGAGUAUAGUGUAGCCAAGCAGGUUGAGAAAAUGAUAAGUGAAGUGCAUGACCAAGCAUUAUUUUCCUGUGAUGCCAUACACCGUGAAAGAAGGAUAUUCUUAAAACAGGAAAUCGGAAGAAUGGUACUUUUUUUCACUGACCAACCCAGUUUGUUGGCACCUAAUAUCCAGAUGGUAUUUUCGGCCUUGGCCUUCGCUCAAAGUGAGAUGCUAUGGUAUUUCCAACAUUUAGGAAUAGCUUCAUCAAAGUCAAGAGCGGCUAGAAUGGUUCCAGUAGAAAUAGAUCCAAGUGAUCCAACCAUUGGCUUCUUGUUGGAUGGCAUGGAUCGCCUUUGCUGCCUAGUGCGCAAGUAUAUUGCAGCUAUUAGAGGAUAUGCUCUAUCAUAUCUAUCAUCCUGUGCUGGUAGAAUCCGAUUUUUGUUGGGUACGCCAGGCAUGGUGGCUCUUGACCUGGAUGCAACUUUAAAAGGACUUUUCCAGAAGAUAGUUCAAUAUCUUGAGAAUAUACCCAAGCCACAGGGUGAAAAUACUUCUGCCAUCACAUGUGAUUUAUCGGAGUUACGCAAAGAUUGGUUAUCUAUUUUGAUGAUUGUUACUUCUGCUCGUUCGUCUAUAAACAUCCGACAUUUGGAAAAGGCUACAGUGUCUACUGGAAAGGAAGGCCUAUUAUCAGAAGGAAAUUCUGCAUACAACUGGUCCAGGUGUGUUGAUGAGCUAGAAUACCUGUUAUCUAAACAUGGGAGUCUAAAGAAGCUGUACUUCUAUCACCAACACCUUACAACAGUUUUCCGUAAUACCAUGUUUGGUCCAGAAGGUCGUCCACAACAUUGCUGUGCAUGGCUUGGUGUCGCUAGUAGUUUUCCUGAAUGUGCUUCUUCAAUAGUCCCUGAAGAGGUAACUAAAAUUGGUCGUGAUGCGGUUCUCUAUGUUGAAUCCCUCAUUGAGUCUAUCAUGGGAGGUUUGGAAGGGUUGAUAAAUAUUCUUGACUCGGAAGGGGGAUUUGGCUCUUUAGAGAUGCAGCUUUUCCCAGAGCAGGCAGCACAUCUCAUGAAUUUGACUUCCAGAAUUUCUGCUCCUUCUGGGAAAUCCCCAAGAGCCAUAUCUGGUUAUCAUCUACCAGGCUAUGAGAGCUACCCUGAAAAUGAUAAUUCCAUAAAAAUGUUAGAAGCUGCAAUGCAGAGGUUGACCAACCUUUGCUCAGUUUUAAACGACAUGGAGCCUAUCUGUGUUCUAAACCACGUUUUUGUUCUGAGGGAGUACAUGAGAGAAUGUAUCCUAGGGAACUUCAGAAGGAGACUGCUUGCUGUUCUGAAAAGUGAUAAUGAUCUUCAGCGUCCUACUGUCUUGGAAUCACUGAUACGCAGACAUACAGCUAUUGUUCAUCUAGCAGAACAACACAUUAGCAUGGACCUGACGCAAGGUAUCCGAGAGAUAUUACUUGCGGAGACAUUCUGUGGUCCAGUUUCAUCUUUGCACUUGUUUGAGAAAGCUGCAGAGCAGCAUACAGGAUCAGCUACUGAAACUGUAUGUAACUGGUACAUUGAAAACGUGGUCAAGGACGUCUCAGGCGCAGGUAUCCUCUUUGCGCCUCGGCACAGAUGCUUCAAGAGCACGAGGCCAGUUGGCGGAUAUUUUGCUGAGUCAGCGACGGAUCUCAGGGAAUUGAAAGCCUUUGUCCGUGUUUUUGGUGGUUAUGGAGUUGACAGGUUAGACAGAAUGAUGAAAGAGCACACAGCUGCGCUCUUGAACUGUAUUGACACAUCAUUACGGGCAAACAGGGAGAAUCUGGACGCUGUUGCUGGAAGCAUGCAUUGUGGUGAUCGGAUAGACAGAGACACAAAUAUCAAGCAGAUAGUUGAUUUGGACACUAUGGUCGGGUUCUGUAUUCAAGCUGGACAGGCCAUUGCUUUUGACCGCCUUCUUGCAGAAGCCGGUACAGCUGUGCUUGAAGAAGGUGCUCCUCUGAUACAUUCAUUACUGACAGCGGCUGCUAAGCAUUUACCUGAUGAAAUACCUGAGAAAAAGGAGAUUAGAAGGUUGAAAAGAGUAGCAAACAAUUUUAAUAUAGCUGGUGACCAUGACGCUGAGUGGGUCAGGUCCAUACUAGAAGAGGUUGGAGGUGCAAAUGAUGCUUCCUGGAGCUUGUUACCGUAUUUAUUUGCCACUCUAAUGACAUCUAAUAUAUGGAACAGUAGUGGCUUCAAUGUCGACACUGGGAGCUUCAGCAACAACAUCUAUUGCUUGGCAAGGUGUAUUUCUGCAGUAAUCGCAGGAAGUGAAUUUGUUAGACUUGAAAGAGAGCAUCAGAUGAAACAAUCCUUUUCAAAUGGCCAUGUUGGCGAGACAUUGGAUCCUGAAACACACAACCGAAUAACUGUUGAGACAAACAUAAAAUCCACAAUGCAGCUCUUUGUGAAGUUCUCAUCUGGAAUUAUUCUCGACUCUUGGGGUGAGAACAUCAGAUCCCAUCUGGUGUCAAAGCUCAUUUUCCUGGACCAGUUUUGUGAGAUCUCCCCUUACCUACCAAGGAGCACACUGGACGCUUACGUUCCUUACUCUAUUAUCCGCUCAAUAUACGNCUCAAUAUACAGUCAAUACUAUGGAAGUUCAUCUCCAGCGCCACUUGCAUUACUUAGUGGCUCACCCCGCCAUUCUCCGGCUGUAUCGCUGGCACAUUCAUCCCCUGCAAUGAGGCAGCCUCGCGGUGAUUCCAUUCCUCAGUCAAAUUCUAAUGAUUCAGGUUAUUUCAAGCCAUCCUCAAGCCAUGCCCAGGAUCAACUAUAUGAUACAGAAAGUGGAACCAUUGAAAAUAAACCUCGAAAUAUUAGGCGAUCUGGACCAUUGGAAUAUAGUGCAACUCGCAAAUUAAAACAUGUGGACAGCUCAACCUCGGCAAGCACAGGCCCCAGUCCAUUGCCAAGGUUUGCAAUGUCUAGGUCGGGUCCUAUAUCUUAUAAAUGAAAAAAUACAGAACUUUUGAAAUAUGUAAAUUUCCGUCUUCCUGUCACCUAUUAGUCAGUAGUGGACUGCCUUCGAUGUUCAUACAAAAUUUUGGUGUAUUUAUACAUAAAAUUCCUCUGUUUAUUCCUUGACGGUUAGCAGUAGAAGCUGUAGGAAACGAAUAAUCAGGCUGUGAGAAGCUAAUUAUGAAAUAUUUCAAUUUGCAUUUGUUGUGUAAUGAACUCGGACAUAGCGAUAUUAUGUAAUCCCAGUCCUCCCAUGUA